AUGACGCUUCUGCUCAACCACUCGCUCGACCAGGUGCGCCGGUCGAGGAACGCGGGCCAGGCUGGCGAGGCCCCCGGCGGCAAGCUGCGCCAAGUGAGCAUCCGCCGAUCCUCUCUUGCUCCCGGCCUUGCGCGCGAGCCCAGCCCGCUGAUCCCCGGGACUCUUCCUGUCCCUCCACCCCGACCUUUCAAGUCGAACGAUUCCUGGAAACACGACCUCUUCGAGCACGGCGAGUCCAAAGCCGGCUCCCACCCGCCCCGACUGCUGCAUGCCGAUGAUCGCCCCGGCGAUGAAGACGUCGACCAAGGCCGCUCGACCUCGUUGCUCAUCACCAACCUGCACUACGACGUCAGUGAAGCCGAGCUGGAGGCCCUCUUUUCGCAAAUCGGCAAGAUCGAUCGUGGGCCGUUCAUCAAAUUUGAUCACUCAGGCCGGGCGACGGAGGGCUUGGCGUUUGUGGCCUAUGCCAACGAGAGCCACGCCGAGGCGGCCAUCGAAGCGUUCCAUGGAGCGUCUGCUAAAGGUCAGCCGAUCGGUGUCCAGUUCGAACACUCCAUCCCGGGCUGGGUUCGGUCGGCUCUCGGGAUGAAUAGACACCAGGUGGCCAGCGAGGGGCUCCCGGCGACGUUUGGGCUCUUGGGCCGGAUGCAGCAGGACAGACCCCCUCGAGGCCGGGCGCACUUCUCGCCCUACGACGCCGGUCGGCCGCGCGGCCCGCGGGCCUCGUUCCCGCCGGUGGGCAAGGCGCGGGCGGGGUUGGACGGGCGGGAGCAGCGCCGGACGGGGGAGCUCUACGGCGGCGGGGUGCGUGCGCGGGGCGGGCCUGGGCCGCGCAGCGCUGGCCGGGCGCGAUGGCCCGGCGAGCGUGCUGGGGGCAGCCGUGGGGCGGCGAAGAGUGCGUCUGAGCUGGACAGGGAGCUGGAGGCGUUCAUGGGCUCGUCCUCCAGCAGCCAGCCCAGCCAUCGAGGGAGCCUCAGGCGGGAGAUGAUGGCCCAGCUGGCAUGCACACAGGCACUCCUCGAGGCAGACCCAGCGCACCUGCUCAGCCUCGACGACUUCAGCCAGCACAAGAAAAACAUCGCGCGACUCGAACACCAGCUCAGCGCAGCCACCGCAAAACUCACACUCGAACUCAACCACCUCCCACUCCUCAAGCACCUCCACCACCACAACCAGACCCUCCACACCCAGCUCACCCACCUCCGCACAGCCUCCCUCCAGCACCUCGUCGCCAUCCUCGCCCUCGGAUUCAACCGGCUCGAACACCAGCAGCCCCCCAGCCCAGCCUCAUCCAUCCCCAGCCACAGAACAUUCGACGGCCCACACCUCUUUGCCAACAGCAACACCCCAGAAAGAAAGCCCGCCCCCCCAGGCACCCAUCGGCUCAAGCAAGAAAUCGACUCGCUCAAGUCACUGCUGAGUGCCCGGGAUGCGACCAUCGCCGAACAGGCCUCAGACCUCAGCCUGCUCGAGCUCGAAGUCGAGACCCUCAAGCAGUCACUGGCAGACCAAUCCACCACCCACAAGCAGCAAGCCUCCGCCCGAUCCCGCGCCGAGCGGAGCCAGAUCGACUCCCUCCGCAAGGAGAACGGCCAGCUGAGCCAGGCACUCGACGCCGCCAGGGAACAGGCCUCGGCCAGAGAGCAAGAACUCGCGCUCGCCAAGAAGGAGAACUCCAACCGCCAGAGCGAGCAGAUCUCCGAGCUCAACAAGACCCUCGCCACCCGCGCACGCGAGGCCGACGAGCGUGCCCGCGAAGCCUCCCACUCGCACGCCGCACUCGAGAGCCAGAUCGCCAAGCUCACCGCAGACCUCGAAUCGACCCGCGAACUGGGCGCACGCGCGCUCGACGGGCGCGACGAGCGAGUGGCGGAAGGCGAUGCGAGAUAUGCCGCGCUGGAGGCCGCCCAGCAAGCCGAAUGGCAAGCCCUGGCCGCCCGACUCACCACCCUCAGCACCAAGCUCCACGAGCAGCACCCGCAGGCCCGGCUAGUCAUCCCGCCCGUCCAGCCCGGCCAGCAGGCCCAGUUCGUCGACCGUCUCGUGGACGCAUUGGACGCGUACCUCUCCGGCGCCCUCGCGCUCCUGGCCGCGCCGCCCCCAGAGGACGACCAGGGCCUGCGGGAGCAGCUCGACCAGGCGCGGCGCUCGCACGAGCACGAGCGCCGCGAGCUGGCGGACAAGCUGGCCCUGCUGGAGGCCGAGAAGCAGGCGGCGGCCCACGGCCAGCGGGAGGACGAGGGCAUGGAGGCCGAGCGCCGGGAGCUGGAGGCCGCCCGGCUCGAGCUCGCCGCGCUCCGCCAGCAGCUCGCCGCAUCCGCCCCGGAGGACCCCGUGCCGACGAUCGAGCGGACCCUGCGCGAGCUCUGGAAACGCCUCCCGCCCAACCUCGAGGCCCGCGCCGCCGCCAGCCUGGACGCCGACCUGUCGAGCCUCAGGGCCGGCUACGAGCCGCCCCCGCCGCCGCCGCCGCCGCCGCCGCCGAAGAAGCUCGGCAUCUCGGCCGGCGCGAGUCUCGGCGGCCUGUUUGGGCUCGGCAAGCGCGCCUCGCCCGCCCCGCCGCCCUCCUCCGCCUCCUCCGCCGACGACCAUCCCGCCCCCGCACCGCACCCUUCCGCCCCGGAGUUCUCCGUCGAACUCGCGCUCGACAGGCUCCGCUUGCUCGUCGACAGCGACGCCAGGAUGGUCGACAGACUGUUCCUGUACGAGGCCGAGAAAGACUCCCACAAGAGCAACUCGCUGCGCGCCCAGAAGCUCGUCACCGAGUCGCAGGACGCGCUGCGCAUCUACCAGGCCCAGGUCAAGGAGCUGGAGGAGAGGCUCGAGUAUGCGGAUACGCAGUCGGCGGCGAUGCUGGAGAAAGUGAACGACCUGAUGGAGAGCGAAGAGAAAGCGCACAUGCUCGGGCGGCGGGCGGAGGCGACGAUCCAGAAGUACCAGAGCGAGCUGAGCGAGCUGAGGGCCCAACUGGCCAUCCAGGCCGCGCCCCCCCCGUCCUCCGAGGGGGACAAGAAGCUGGCGACGGAGGUCCAGACGCUCAAGGACCAGCUCGAGGACCUCACCGACGAGCUCGUCGACCUGCGCGCCCGCGAGCUCAAGCUCAGGGAAACCUUCCUCGCCGAGCUCGACGAGCUCAACCAGGCCAACUCGGCCCUCAAAGCCAAGAACAAGGCCCUCGAACGCGCCCUCAAGACCCAGUAA